AUGGCAACUCUUCCCCAACAGGCUCCAGGGCCGGGUCCAACCGCCCAGGCCCUGCCUUCUUACCUCUCCUAUUCUCCUGCUGCCACCAGUGUUUUUCAGUAUACGUCAGUACUCACUCAACUUGUAUACGACCCACAAGGAGGAUUCGCGCCGUAUCAGACUUUCAGUACCAUCCAGGGUGCAACAACAUCGAUAGACUAUUCGAUUGUCAAUGUUCCGUUGCUCUACACCGGUCCUUUCCCGGCUCCGGAUCUGGGAACCCUCUAUACAACGCCCGGGCAAAUCUUGUCCUCGCAAUCAAAUCCCACAAGCACACAAGGUGCAAGCACAAGCAGCGCCCCCACAGUGACGCCCACAGCUUCUCAGUCUACCGGAACAUCUGCUAGCUCACAAGCGAGUUCUGUGACACUCGAACCUGCUCCCUCGACAACGUCGACAGCGACAGGACCUUCCGCAACAUCAGCGCCCUCAACAUCAACAGCACCGUCGGGAUCCACAACACCGUCAGCCUCUACAGCGUCGUCAAGCAGCAGCACCGCUGACCAGACCGCAUCACAAACGACAUCGUCCACGGAAUCAUCCGCCACUUCUGCCAGUGUGCCAUCAGCAACUGCAACCGGAUUGCCUACUCCUCACAACCGUUCUAGCCAUGGAUUGUCCGGCGGUCAAAUAGCUGGCAUUGUGGUUGGCGCAAUCUUCGCUCUGCUCCUCCUCCUCUUACUGCUACUAUGCUGCUUGCGUCGGCGUCGAAAGCAAGGGCAAAAGCAGGCUGUUCUUGCUGCAGCUACGCGACGCGUAUCGCGCUCGCAAGUCAGCGAUGGUUCUCGUGGCAACUACGCUGCACUCGCAGCAGGUACUGGUGCAGCGGGGCUGGGCACGGCUGUUGCUGCCGGUGCUGCUGCUGCCAGUCGAGGUAGCUUGGGCAGCGAUGAGUGGGAGGAGGAUCAUCUCACAAGCGGUGGUUCCAACUCUGGCUUCUUUGUUGUCGGGGGUCGCAGACUCGGUACGGAUCGUCGUGCGAGCAUGGCCUCUCGGAGAUCACGAGGCUCCGCUAACAGCGUCAAUGCUGCUAGUCCAACUUAUUCGACCGCUAACGUGGCCCCAUCUUCCUCCUCGCGUGACGCCAAGGUCGCCGGUCUCGCCAGUGUUGCCGCAGCUGGCGCUGCAUUCUUCGGUGCUGCGUUCGGUCGCAACAGAAAAGCCAAAGACAAGGCUGGCGUCGAUCAUGAGGAAGAACAUCCUCUGAGCGACGACGAUCUUGGUGAUGGAAGCAUGGCAGAACGGCGUGGAUUGAUGCCGCUCCAUGACUCUUCAGGCAGCGAAUAUGGAUCCGGUACAGAGAUGCGCGAAGCGUCGCCCAGAGUUGUUGGCCCUGCUGCAGCGUUGCUAGGGGCGUCCGGCGCUGCUGCCUACUUUGCGGGUCGACAUGGAAAUGAUGGCCAAGGUGCCGGCCAAGAUAGUCCAUUGAGGGCACCUUUCCAGCCAGGUCCUGGAGCGCUUCCAUCGGGUACUGCUACAGUUGGCAUGUCGCGUCCGCCUUCUUCUGGCGCCUUUUCUGGUUCUGGCUCGAGUAGUCACGCAACUGGUGGCACUGGAAGCUCUCACACCCCAAGAGUUGGUGGAGCUGCGACAAUGAGCAGCAGCAACAGCACGGGUGGCUUUACGACAAGUGGUGGCAGUGGCAGCGGCAGUGGGACAAGCCUACCGCCGCCUCCUCGAGCUCCACGCAACUCACCACAGUCGCUAGCCUCGACGACGCUGGGCAACAUUGCUCCAUCUUCAGGCUCUCCGUUCGCAUCCUCUCCUCCCGGUUCUGACUGUCAGAACCGGCGCUUCUCGACAGACACUACAGACAGCGCAACGUCUGGACUGGGGGGGCUGAACCCAGCACUUUUGGGUCUCAGCAAGGGCGCCGCUCUUGGUGGACUGGCAACUUUGGCUGCUGGACACAGGGGAAGCGGGACCAGCACUUUUUCUCUUCGCGACCAGGCGCUAAGCUCCGACGUACGAGCGUCACACGCCUCCGGUAUGUCGCAAGACGAGUUGAGACACCUGCGCGCGACCGAUCCAGAGCGGUACAGCCGAUUCAUCUCGGCUGGAAGCAACCUUUUGGGUCCUGACUACCAGCCGUCGCCUGAUAUUGACGUUGAACCGCCGUCAGACAUUACCACAACACCAGCAUUGCCCGUUGAAGCAGGGACGCUCGGCCCAGGAACCUCGGUAUUUGGAAGUAAGCGGCUUGCCACCAUUCCGAGCGUCAGCGAAUUCGGAGAGAAGAGCGAAAACGACAUGCCAGCCAGUCAGAGCACAGGUGAGAAGACCACUUCAACACAGCCUACCACAUCGUCGAUUCAUGCCGUCAGUGCGCAUUCUGGAUCUCUGGGUGCUGCAUCGUCUGGUUCGGCGCGUAUCGUGUCGCCACUCCCAAUUUAUGAACAGCAACAGAUUCAAGGUGGAGAGAGCCUACCCAUGUAUCAGGUGCACGAUCCGCCCGCUGGCGCUGCUUCGCAAAGACGACCCAGCGAAGCCCAAAUGUCGCAAGGUACAGGUCGAUUUGUCACCCCGCCAGACUCGCCCAGAAAUUUUCAACGAACCUCGGCAGAGUACAGACAAGCCGAAACUAGCCAAGUCCACCAAAACGACGCUGCUGCCAGGCAGCAGAAUGACGAGAUCGAAGGCGCUUCCGGUGCCGAGCUUGCAGAAGCUGGUGCUGCAAGUGCCGGAAUCUUGAGUGGGAUGGCCGCUGGCUGGCGUCGUCUGACCAUGGGUCAAUACGCAUGGAUCCCUGGAACCUCUUCGCCAUCCCAAAGAGUCCAACAGACUUCUUCUGCCUACAGAGACUCUACUGGUGAUUUGGAUUACGAUGUUGAAGGCCGCAUCAGCCACGACACUCAAGCUCUUCGCGCUUCGGAAGAAUCGAGCAGGCUGAUGCAUUCUUCGAGGCAUGCUUCGCGAUUCGAGGCCAGCGAGGUAGCAGAUUUGGCACCCGAGGUUAGGAGUCAACGAGCAAGCGUGUAUGAAGCGUCCGCUUUCGGACAUGGUACCAGCGGAAGCCUGCCUGCAGCUCAUUCGUCGAGCAAAGAAGCUUCGGGAAGCAGCGGCGAGCAAGCUAGAAACGCCGCUGUAAUGGGUGUUGGCGCCAUGGUUGCCGGAGCGGCGACAUCAUCACGACAGCGUUCAUAUCCAAGCCUCUCCAGCCAGCACUCGAGCACGCAUUCCCGAGGAGGAUACGCCACCAGUCACUCGAACUCGUUGGUGAGCGGAAGACAUACGACAAGCGGCAGUUCCGGACUCGACAGCCUCAGUGCGAGGGCACAGCUAAGCUCACGUAGUACAGGCAGCGCCUCUACGAGAUCCGGAUAUCAUUCCAGCAGCCGCAGUGGCGGAAGCAGGAGGACCGGUGCCAGCCUGGGCAGCGGCGCUUCCACUGGUGCUGCCAGCUACAGCCCAAGCGACUUUCUCAGUCGAGGCAACACCACAAGUACACGUGGUAUGCAAGUUGUUGAUGAAGCAACCCACACUGCGGAUCCGACCUCCUAUGCACUCAGAGGACGCGGCAGAGUAACUUCCAGCAUUGUCACCGAUAUGGCCGAGCCAGCGACGUCGGAAGGUGAAUUCACCAGUAGUCGAGCUACCGGAGGGAGCAGCUCGCUGGAGCAACGCAAACGACCUCGAAGCUCGAGCGUUGACGGGCCUAGUCAUCUCGACAGCUUGCACGAAGAUCCUUUCGGAGACGCUGAAGUGGUUCAAGAAAGACCAGCGGUGCCUCCACCAAGUGGUGGGCACUAUCCUAGCGACUCACUGGGUGCAGCCGUGUCACGAACAGCUGCAAGGCAGGAACUAUACGCAACCCCCGACGAUUUGGGCAGAGUGCUUCCUCAACGCACACGUAUCCGCUCUCUGCAGCCAGGCACAUCUGCUCCCGCACCAACCGCACUGGCGCCUUCGCUCUCGACACCUUCGCUCGGCUCUGUCAGCAAUGUCGAUGUGAGCAACGUUCAGCCCGAACAUUCACAGCUACCUUCCACUGGCAGCGGUGCACCAUUGUCCGGCGUGCCCGCCUCUGCAAGCUGGCGACCAUCGCCUCGAGUUGCAAGUGCCUCUUCUGCAGCCGAAGCACAAGCUGCUCUCCUUCGAGCGCAAGAGCAGCGUCCUGCCGGGCCGAGAAGCAUGCGUGGAAUCCCGGGUGAGCCUGCCCCGCCACGUUCACACGCCGGUUCACCCUCCGUCGGUAACAGGCGAGCAUCAUACAAUUUGGCAGAUCUGGACGCGGCUCUGCAACAACAGUCGCACAUCGAUGCAGAGGCCGUCCAAGGGGCCGAGGCUUCUGCGACCGAUACGAAUGACGAGGCUGAUACGUCGAACCGAUCUUUUGGAUUGGGCAAGUUCCUUCGCUUCUAA